AUGGGAAAGAUAGCCAAAAUCGAAUACUUUCGUGUACCUCCACGCUGGCUCUUUGUCAAGAUCACCGACGAGGAGGGUAACUUUGGAUGGGGUGAAGCUUCCCUCGAAGGACACACGCAAGCGGUGGAAGGAUGUCUCGAUGCAUGGGGCGAACGAUACACCGGCUUUGAGGCAGAUGAAAUCGAGCACAUAUGGCAAAUGUCAUGGCGUACUUCGUUUUACCGUGGCGGCCCCGUCUUCAUGAGUGCACUCGCAGGAAUCGACAUCGCGCUCUGGGACCUCAAAGCACGAAAACUAAACGUGCCAAUCUACCAACUACUGGGUGGUAAAGUGCGAGAAAAACUGAAAGUAUACGCCUGGAUUGGAGGCGACCGACCAGAUGACGUGAAGGCACAAGCACAAGCGCGCAAAGACCAGGGCUUCACGGCCGUCAAGAUGAAUGCCACAGAAGACCUGCACUGGCUGGACUCGCCAAGAGCUCUAGAGUCAGCAGUUGCGCGAUUAAAAACAGUGAAAGACUUGGGCAUGGAUGCUGGCAUGGACUUCCACGGCCGCGUGCACAAACCCAUGGCCAAACAACUCGCCAGAGCGCUGGAACCGCACCACCCUUUGUUCAUCGAGGAACCUCUUCUCUCCGAGCACAUUGGCGGCAUCAAGCAACUCUCUCAAACUACGACCUGCCCCAUUGCGCUCGGCGAGCGUCUGCACAGCCGCUGGGACGUGCGUCCUUUCCUCGAGGAAAACUGCGUGGACAUCUUACAACCAGAUAUCAGCCACGUCGGCGGGAUAAGCGAGAUGAAGCGCAUAGCGUCCAUGGCGGAAACGUACGACGUCGCACUUGCGCCGCAUUGCCCACUAGGACCUAUCGCGCUGGCCGCAUGUGUGCAGGUCGAUGCCACAGUAGCGAAUUUUGCGAUCCAAGAGAUGAGCCUGGGGAUCCAUUAUAAUGCGGGUUCCCAAGAUCUCACUAGCUACACUAAGAACCCAGAAGUUUGGAGUGUGAAGGAGGGGUACAUUGAACUUAUGAAAGGCCCUGGACUUGGUAUCGAGAUCGAUGAGGAACAGGUGAGAAGACUGAGUAAGGAUGCGGUGGCCUGGGUUAGUCCGGGCUUUAUUGGGCCUGGGGGUGAGGUAAGAGAGUGGUAA